GAUCUCGCGGGUUACCGUUUCCGUUCCCGUUCGUUGCGUGCGUUUACGAGAUUGCAAACAUGGCGGCCGUGAGCGUAGCUAAGGCCGCGAACUUGUCUCCCGCAAAAAUGGAAGUCGACGACUCGCCCAAAGGGGACGGUCUGAAGCAGUACUACAUAACAAAAAUAGAAGAGUUACAGCUCGUGGUGUCUGACAAAACCCAAAAUCUGAGGCGACUGCAAGCGCAGAGAAAUGAGCUUAAUGCGAAAGUGAGGAUGCUUCGUGAAGAGCUGCAGUUGCUUCAGGAGCAGGGCUCGUACGUCGGUGAAGUGGUGAAGCCCAUGGACAAGAAAAAAGUGCUAGUGAAGGUAAGAAGUAUGCAUCGUGAACCGGCUUUUACCUUGGCCGCAUCACAUUCGGGGUGGGCCAGAGUCGAGCGUUGUUAUGCCGCGCCCGCAUCAAUCUUUGCUCACUUCUCUCCCAAGGUUCACCCCGAAGGCAAGUUUGUGGUUGACAUUGACAAGAACAUUGACAUUGCCAACGUGACGCCUAACAGCAGGGUUGCACUCCGCAACGACAGCUACACCCUCCACAAGAUCCUUCCGAACAAGGUGGACCCCCUUGUGAGCCUGAUGAUGGUGGAGAAGGUGCCGGAUUCGACCUACGAGAUGGUGGGAGGCCUGGACAAGCAGAUCAAGGAGAUCAAAGAGGUGAUCGAGCUGCCGGUCAAACAUCCGGAGCUGUUCGAGGCACUCGGCAUUGCACAGCCCAAGGGUGUGCUGCUGUACGGUCCUCCCGGCACGGGCAAGACGCUGCUGGCGCGUGCGGUGGCUCACCACACGGACUGCACCUUCAUCCGCGUCUCCGGCUCGGAGCUGGUGCAGAAGUUCAUCGGGGAGGGAUCACGCAUGGUGCGGGAGCUCUUCGUUAUGGCCAGGGAACACGCCCCGUCCAUCAUCUUCAUGGACGAAAUCGACUCGAUCGGGUCGUCACGUAUCGACGCCGGUUCCGGCGGGGACAGCGAGGUUCAGCGGACCAUGCUGGAGUUGCUCAACCAGCUGGAUGGCUUCGAAGCCACCAAAAACAUCAAGGUGAUCAUGGCCACUAACCGCAUUGACAUCCUGGACCCUGCCCUUCUGAGGCCCGGCAGGAUUGACCGCAAGAUCGAGUUCCCGCCUCCGAAUGAAGAGGCUCGCCUGGACAUCCUGCGCAUCCACUCGCGCAAGAUGAACCUGACCCGCGGCAUCAACCUGCGCAAGAUUGCCGAGAUGAUGCCCGGGGCCUCCGGCGCCGAAGUCAAGGGGGUCUGCACCGAGGCCGGCAUGUACGCUCUGCGCGAGAGGCGUGUCCACGUCACCCAGGAAGACUUCGAGAUGGCAGUGGCUAAGGUCAUGCAAAAGGAUGCAGAAAAGAACAUGUCUAUCAAGAAGUUGUGGAAGUGAGGCAGGGAACCUGUACAUAAGAAGACUUGCUGUGCUGCAGGUAACCUCUGCGGGGGCCCUGUUGGAAGUAAUGCUUCGCACACUGCCUGCAUACCAGUGGUUAAAAUAAAAGUGUGGCCAUGUCUCUUCCA